AUGGACGAUCUCCCCGUUGAUCCCGACAUCAAUGCGCUGGAGGCGAUUUCCAACUCGCCGCCGCGUCGGAAAACCCUCUACUACAGCCAGCAGCUGCGGACCAUGACCGGAAGCCAGCAACCCCGCCACUCCAACCACCCCCGCAACCACAGCCUCGACGAGAUCGACAUCCUCGCCGCCGCCGCCGCCUCCGAAGAGGACGAUUUCUACCGCUACCCCAUCACCACCGGAAGCGCCGGCGGCGCCACCGACAUGAUGGAUUACGUCGGCAUGGCGGACGGCGCCAACGGCUUCGAUGACUCCCAGCUCCUCCCCAACCAGCCCCUGCCUGAGUUCGUCGGCAGCAGCGGCGGCGCCGGGGUUUUCAAGGCCCCUAUUCGAGCCGCGAUGCACCCCAACCGGCCGCCCUGCCUCGAAAUCCGACCUCACCCUUUGCGCGAAUCUCAGGGGGGAAAAUCCAUAAAGACGAUUGCAAGCACAUGCACACAGCUGUGGGCAGGGCAGGAAUCUGGUGUGAGGGUGUGGAAGUAUUCAGACACAUUCGACCCAGGGACUUUCACGGGGACAGCAGGGCGAAGGCUACCGAGGGGAGAUGAGGAGACAGCCACGUUUCACGAGUCAGCGAGCACGUCUCAAACGCUCUCCUUGAUGGUUGAUGAAGGGACUAAGUUGGUUUGGAGCGGACACAAGGAUGGUAAGGUCCGUUCGUGGAAGAUGGACCAGCAGUUCACCGAUGGCAACGCUUUCAAGGAAGGCUUCUCUUGGCAAGCACAUAAAACCCCAGUUCUUUCCAUGACAAUAUCCUUUUAUGGUGAUAUAUGGACGGGCACAGAGGGUGGCGCGAUAAGGAUCUGGCCGUGGGAAGCUCUUGAAAAAUCUCUUGGACUAACGCAGGAGGAAAGACGAAUGGCUGCUCUGCUGGUGGAGAGAUCAGCUAUUGACUUGAGAGCUCAAGUCACCGUUAAUGGCGUGUGCAACAUUUCAUCUUCGGAUGUGAAAUACCUGUUAGCUGACAAUGUUAGAGCCAAGGUUUGGGCAGCAGGCUCUCAAACAUUUUCACUAUGGAAUGCUCGGACGAGGGAGCUUCUGAAAGUAUUCAACAUAGAGGGUCAGAUUGAGAAUCGCGUAGACAUGCCAUCUCAAGAGCAGCCAGUCGAAGACGAGGUGAAUGUGAAGUUAGUCUCAAAGGGGAAAAAGGACAAAUCACAGGGCUUCCUGCAGAGGUCGCGCAAUGCGCUGAUAGGCGCUGCUGAUGCUGUUCGUAGAGUAGCAAAGGGGGCGGGAGCGUUAGUGGAAGACACGAAGAAGAUUGAAGCAAUGAUGAUUGCUCCAGACGGUGCAAUUUGGACGGGUUGCACAAAUGGAGUAUUAAUCCUUUGGGACGGGAAUGGGAACCGUGUGCAGGAUUUCACUCGCCACCCUGCUGCUGUGCAGAGCAUCUGCUCUCAUGGUUCGAGGAUAUGGGUUGGAUACGCAACGGGGAACAUCCAGAUACUAGACCUUGAAGGAAACCUAGUAACCGGUUGGGUUGCGCACAACGAGCCCAUUAUAAAGCUAGUCGUCGGCCACGGGCAUCUCUUUAGUUUAGCCACACACGGUGGCAUUCGGGGGUGGAACAUAUCAUCUCCGGCGUCCACGGAUAGCAUAUUGCGGAAAGAACUAUCGGAACGAUCGGCCAUGUAUACGAGACGGGACAAAGUGACCAUUAUGGUUGGGACAUGGAAUGUAAGCCAAGGUAGAGCUUCUCCAACGGCUCUCAAGUCGUGGUUGGGAUCUGCAGUGUCGGAUGUUGAUAUUGUCGUUGUCGGGCUGCAAGAAGUGGAGAUGGGUGCGGGUUUUCUUGCUAUGUCUGCGGCAAAAGAGACAGUAGGGCUAGAAGGGAGCUCUGUGGGACAAUGGUGGCAAGAUCAUAUCGGCAAGGCUUUGGAUGAGAGAUCUAUCUUUGAACGUGUAGGCUCGAGGCAGUUGGCUGCCUUGCUCAUUGCGAUUUGGGUAAGAAAAACUAUCCGGCCCCAUGUCGGAGACUUGGAUGUUGCUGCUGUCGCAUGCGGUCUAGGCCGUGCAAUAGGAAAUAAGGGAGGUGUAGGAUUGAGGUUGAGAGUGUAUGACCGGCUCAUCUGUUUUGUGAAUUGUCAUUUUGCUGCACAUUUAGAAGCAGUAAACAAACGGAAUGCUGAUUUCGAUCAUAUUUUCCGAACAAUGACUUUCACUCGGUCUACGCACAGCAAUGCUGCUGGUAUGCUGCGAUGCCUCUACUUGUCUUGCUCUCUUCUUCUCUGCAUAUAUUUAUUUUGGCUGCUUUAUUCGUUUGGCUUGCCGUGGCUCCUCAUUUUUGCAGCUGGUGUUUCAUCGGCUAAUCAAGCGCUCAAAAACUCAAAUCAAACUACAUCUACUAGUCCUGAAGAGGCAAGGCCUGAUCUUGCUGAGGCUGAUAUGAUCGUCUUUAAUGGCGAUUUUAAUUAUCGCCUAUUCGGCAUAACUUAUGAUGAGACUCGGGACUUGGUUUCUCAGCGAAGCUUUGAUUGGCUUCGCGAGAAAGAUCAGCUACGAGCAGAGAUGAAGGCCGGUAAAGUUUUCCAAGGGAUGCGCGAGGCCCUCAUUAGGUUUCCUCCCACUUACAAGUUUGAGAUAGGAAAACCGGGUUUAGGAGGGUAUGACUCUGGUGAGAAGAAACGAAUCCCAGCUUGGUGCGACAGAGUUCUGUAUCGCGAUAACAAAGCAGGUAUGGCGAAAGAAUGCAGCUUAGAUUGCCCCGUGAUCGCCUACAUAUCACAGUACGACGCCUGUAUGGAUGUGAUUGAGAGCGAUCACAAGCCGGUUCGUUGCAAGCUCAGCCUCGACAUUGCUCAUGUUGAUAAAACAAUUAGGAGGCAGGAGUUUGCAAAGAUCCUCACGACCAACGAAGAGAUAAGGUCGAGCAUUGAUGCACUGCGUUUUGUCCCCGAGACGGUAGUCAGCACAAACAACAUCGAGCUCCAGAACCAAGACACAUCCACCUUGAAAAUCACCAAUCGAAGUGCUGAAGAGUGCGUGUUUUACAAAAUUGUGUGCAUAGGACUAUGCUCCAUCAAGGAUGACGUAAAAGAGCCCGAGUACCGGCCGCGCGGAUCGUUCGGUUUCCCCCGUUGGCUCGAGGUGACACCGGGGGCGGGCCUGAUUCGACCGGACCAAGUGGUGGACGUAACGGUCCAUCACGAGGAGUUCCAUAAGUUGGAGGAUUUGGUUGAGGGAGUUCCACAAAGCUGGUGGGCUGAAGACACCAGGGACAAGGAGCUGAUCUUGGUGGUGGUGGUGCGAGGGAGUUGCUCGACCGACGUCAAAACGCACCAUGUCACUGUCCGACACCGCUUCAACGGGAACACGAUUAGGAUAGAUGCUAAAACACAAGAAGGCAACUCGCACCAAAAAUCCGUCUGAUAAACCUCAACUUGAUGUGUCUAAUCACAAGGUACAUAUUUGUAGAAAUGGAUAGGCAAAUAGAAGAUUCUUUAAUUUGCUUGCUAUGUAUAGAACUAAUUAACAUAGUUUUUGUGAUCAGACUUUGGAUGUUAGCUAUAAUUGAAGAUCAUGGUUAUAUGCUCCUUA